AUGAAGCCUUUUAAUUUGCGUAAUAAAGAUGGACUUUCUAAUGAUUAUACAGAUUUUUGGUUUGAAUAUGAACCUGUCCGUCAUUGUUCAAAAGAAUUGCCUUUUUGUGAUUCUAAAUUUCUUUUUUGUGAUAAAUCUUCAUGGCGUUGUCGAAGCAAAAUAGUUUUGGGUGGAAAUUGUACAGGAUUUGUGGGAACAGAAAUAUGUUAUCAAUCAAUUUGUAUACAGAAUGUUUGUCGAUUACCUGCAACUGAAGGAAAUGGAUUUUUAAGAAGAGAGCGUCGUUAUGAUAAUGUUGUUUGGGCAAAAACUUUAAUGUUAACUGAAGGAAGUUUUGGUUUGUCUAGUGGAAUUGCACAUGUAACUGUAAAAGAAGAAUUUAUUGGUGGAAAGGAAAUGACAGCAUUUAUUGAAAGAGAGCCUACAGUUUAUCCAGAAACGAGGGGCCUUUUAUAUUUGCCUCUGCCUAAUCCGAGCGAACCAAAUGUCGAUUUUAAAGUGAGUUUGGAAGCAAGUGAUCAUUAUGGAAGAUAUUGCCAAACUUAUUGUUUGAACUCAACAACAGAUAAAUAUCAAGUUUGUACUCCACAAUUAGUGCUUCGUUCAACGCUAAACUCUCAUUUGUUGACUUCAAAUAUUUCAUUUACUCAUCAAUUAUCUGCUCGUAAAUUUCUUGACAUGGAUUUGUCAGUUCAUCCAAAACUUUGGAAGGUUCACAGCCCUUUUGUUGUAUUUAAUUGUCAAACAAAGCUUCUAAAUUCUGCUAUGGUCAAAGAAAUAACAGAAAGGCUAUCACCACCAAUUGAACAUUUAAUUGCAACACCACAUGUUUGGUUUAGAGUUGGUUUAAUAAUUAAAAGUGGUUCUUCUUCACAAUUAAUUGAUUAUGAUGAAUUUGAGGUUGAAGCAGAAGAAAUUGGUGGAGGUCAUUUUGAAUUUUAUUCAACUUCUCUUCGCCGUGCUCGCUCAGUUUUUGAUCAAGGCAUUUUAUUUUUGAGAGCAAGCAAUCCUUUUUUACAAAAAGGAAGAGAAGUAACUGUAAAAGUUGGUAUACGUAAAGGUGGAGGAGGGCAACGUAUUCAAUGUGAUGCUUUAUGUGAUAGAUCUCAGGUCAACUUUUUAACAUCAAAAAGAACAACAAAUUAUUGUGAUUCAACUGUUCGUUUAAAUGCUGAACCUCAACUUUCUGAAGAUGUAUUUGCAACAGAUUUGAGUUAUAUGCCUUAUUUGGGUUGGAGAAUGAUAGGUCAUCCAUCAGAAUGGAGAUUUCAAAUGCCUUUUUUAUCAUUGUCGUGUUGA